UGCCCAGAUAGGGGAUGAGGGAAUUCCCGUCGGCGUGCGUUUACAUUAGGGCGGGAGUAAUCGGUCCGCAAACCGGAAUCCUGCAACGGUCUGUGUGCGUGUCGUCAUCCGUCGUCAGCGAUCGGCAAGCGUUCUCAAACAGCUGAUAAGUAGCAGGACCGGAUUCGUUAGAACGGUGAAGAUGUUGGUGAACCUGCAAACUUAUGUAUCUCAGUCUUCAAUUACUACUCAGCUUCCAGCUUGAUGGUGAUCGUCUCCUGUAAAUCGCGCCCAAACAGUUCGCCGAGAUGGGUGCCAUUGUCCUGGGAUCCGCCGUGUUACUUGCCUGUGCGAUCAAUUUCGGUACCGCCCAGAGCUGCGGGCAGAUGCAAGUGCUAAAACAGGGGCUCAUCUUUGGCGGCGAAGCAUCUUCACCCGGCAUCUGGCCGUGGCACGUGGCCAUCUUUCACCGUGAAUCACUUCGAAACACCGUGUACAAGUGUGGCGCUACGAUCAUCAACAAGGACACCGUAUUGACCGCUUACCACUGUGUGGUGGAGAAUCAGCGACCGAUUUCCGGCAAUCGGUUGAUCGUUCGGGCGGGUGUGUUUGACCUGGACGUUCGCAGCAGCACCGCCCAAGAGAACCGCGUGUUUGAUAUCGUGGCACCGGAUGGCGCUAGUGCGCUCUACUUCACCGACGACAUUGCUCUCCUGCGAAUGCAGACCCAGUUCGUGUUCAACGAUUACGUGCAACCCGCCUGUAUCCGUUCGAUCGAUCAGGACAUUGGGCAACUGGUAGGGUCCUACGGGUCGGUGGUCGGCUGGGGAUGGACCGAAAAGGAGUCGACGUCGGCGGAACUGCGCGAAGCAAAGAUUCCGGUCGUGAGUGCGGACGAUUGCCUGCAGAGCAAUCGGGAGCUGUUCAGCCAGGUGCUAACGACGAAGGUGUUCUGCGGCGGGAGCCGCAACGGAACCUCCAGCUGUAACGGUGAUAGCGGUGGCGGAAUGUUCUUCAAAUCGGGCGGCUAUUGGUUUCUGCGGGGACUCACUUCGUUCUCGGCGGUAGAUGUCCAAAACUCCGGAAUCUGUGACUCGCGAAGCUACGUGGGCUACACGGAUGUGGCCAAGUAUCUGGACUGGCUGCGGAGCAACGAUGUGCGGUUUGAGGACCCGCUGCGGGAUGUUCCGAUGCCGGGGGUUAGCGGGCCCGUAAACACUGGCAACACUACGCUCAUUCGCUUGGCCGUCGAUCCGAAAAUGAAGAGGUUCUUGGAGGGCUACAAGGGAAGCAUUCUGCUACGGGUACAAUUGAACGGCAAGCGUGUGAACAGUUUGUUUCAAUAAAACCCGA